UGUAAUCAGCGUCUAUCCUUCAACUCUCCUAAUAGCACCAAUCAGGCAAAUUUGGGAGUUAAACGCUGGUUUAGAACAAUAUAUCCCGCUUGAAUUGGCCUGGACGGGAGGACAUCUUCGGACUUGAGUUGGAAGACGGACGGCAGGAAUCGCUCCCGGCGUCUGGAUUGUUAUUGGAAGCUGGGAACGAUCCGGCGAAAAAAGGCAUCACCGAGAUUUUUGACAUUGCCAAAUAGAUUUUUUCGUAGCCUGGGAGAAUCAUGUUAGUUGAAAACUCAAAACGUUCUGACGUUCUCAGUUCGGAUAUGUCUGAUUCUGAGAGUUCUACCUCCAAAGGUGAAGAGUCAGACGGGCGGGUGACAUCAAAUUGUGAACCGGAUAAACGGAUGGAAUCAAGCAAAUCCACCAAACACCUAGCGUUUAGUGUCGAGCGGAUUUUGGGAAGUGAAACGAAAUUUGUUAAAAAUAACGACGAUGUUGAGAAAAAAUCUGACAUUUCUGAUAGUGCCUCACAUUCGGACGUAGUGUUUUCUUACAAUAAGUUAAACACAACAGGGGCCAAUCCUUUGGAUGUUUAUGGCUCCACAUCUGGAAGGCCCGUCUGGCCUGAGCUUUAUAACUACAUGUGCCCUUGGUCCGGCCUACAACGAGACAGACAUGGCAUGGUCAGACGGGUUGGUCAUCCAUACCAAAAUCGAACACCCCCGAAGCGGAAAAAGCCGAGAACAGCCUUCACACGUCAGCAGGUUAUGGAACUAGAGAAGAGGUUCUCUCGGCAGAAGUACCUGGCGUCCGCGGAGAGGUCCAGUUUGGCCAAGUCCCUGAAGAUGACCGACGCACAGGUGAAGACUUGGUUCCAGAACAGGAGGACGAAAUGGAGGCGCCAGACUGCUGAAGAACGGGAGAUAGAACGCCAGGCAGCUCAGAAGUUCCUCAUGAGCCUCCGAUCUGAGGAGGGGAGUCAGAUGUACCCGCCUCUGUGUGUGCCCCCUCCCAACCCCUCAUUCCGACUGGUACCCCCGGGGGUGGAGCGGAGUCUGGAUGACUCCCAUACAUAGCCCCAAGGCGGGGUAGUGAUCAUUGUGAUGUUGAAGGCUUUCUUGUUUGACGUUCAUGCUAUCAUGGAUAUUUGUUUGUAUAAAGAUGUGUAUAUACUGAGAAAUGUAUAGAAGACUUUGACAUAUGAUUUAUUAGCUAUAGAUUAAUGGCGGGAGAAUUGCUCCUUAUUCACAACGACUUGUUUUCAACCUCAUCGAUGGAGACUGCUAUUCUGCUGUUGAACGUUGAGACUUGGACUCACCAGCAACGCUCACAAAGGAUAUUGUUAUCCUAUAUUUGUUAACUUUUUUAAUGUCAUGAGUUAUGAUUUUAUUUGUAUACAUUUUCUAUAACUAUCCACCUUCAUCGAUUACAUAAUCGAACAACGGUCCCCAUUCAAUUUACUUUUAUUAUUCGUACAAAUAGUGUAUGAUGUUGACAAAAAAGGUUAUGAUAAUACUCUUUACACAUAUGAUUUCGUAUAGCAAUCAAAAUAAUACCCGAGUCCAUUGACAGCGGGAAAAACGAAAUUGUAUGUUUUCAUUACAAGUUUGAAAUUCGUGAUAUGGUGAUUAUGUCCUGGCGAAUACCUUAUUUUAUUGUACAAAAUUAAUUUAUUUUGAAUAAGCCGAAGAUGCACAUAAGUUUAUAGAUAUAUAUAAGUUUUGUCAAUAAAUUUUGAUUCACUUGA